AUGGAAAGUGGAGAGCAAGUGCCCCGAAAGGGCCGGAAGCUAGGCUCCAGUCGCCGGCGGCAGAUGCGAGAGCCAGCAGAUGGCCAGGAUGCCCUUGUGGCCCCCGAGCCAGAGUCCUGGUCCUCCCAGUCAGCUGCAGAACUGCAGGGCUUCUUCCAGGACUGUGGUGCCAAGGAGAGGGGCUUUGUCACUCGAGAGGACCUGGCGGUGGCCAAGUUCAGCUUCCUGGGCAGCGAGGAGGAGCCGGGGAUGAUCUUUGACUGGGUGGAUGUGGAGCGGAAGGGACGCCUCUCCCUUGAAGAAUUCAGCUCUGGGCUCCAGAACAUCUUUGGCUCCAGCCCGAGCACCCACAUCCUCCACAGAAGGAGGCCACUGCCGUCCAAGCGACGAUCUGCAGCCACCAGCCUCCCAACACUGGAGGAGGCCAACCCUGAGGAGAAGGAGGCAUUCUUUGCCUUCAUGGAGCAGCUGGGAGCCAGCCACUCACUUGCCGAGCAGGCGGAAACCUGGCAGCUCUGGAGGAAGCUGCGGCAGGAGGAGCCCCAGCUGGCAGGCAACCUGGAGGGCUUUCUGGCCAAGAUGCACAGUCGCCUGAAGGAGGCCCGGGCCGACAAGGAGGUUCUGCAGCUGACCCUGAGGAAGAGGGACUCUGACCACCAUCGCAAGGUCCAGCAGCUCUAUGAAGAGAUGGAGCAGCAGAUUCAGCGGGAGAAGCAGCAGCUGCAGGCCGAGAGUGACUUCCGGGGCCUGGCCCUCAGCUCCCAGAUGCAGGAGGUCCUGGAGGCCAAAGAGCGUGAGGUGCAGCGGCUGACUGAGGACCAGAAGAAGCUGGAGGCCCAGCUCCACCGGCUCAGCAGCACACACCAGGAGGCCAGCUCGGAGAACCAGCAGCUUCGCGAGACCAAGCGGGACCUGGCUGGGCAGCUGGAAGAGGUGCGGGGGCAGCUGCAGGUGACCAGGGGGCACCUGAGCACCGCCAGGGACCACGUGUCCUGGCAGAUGGAGGAGGAACCGAGUGUCCCCAGAGCAGGUGAGGAGAAGCCUCCAGACCCUCAGGCAGUCCCCUCUGAGGAGGCUCCCCUGCCUGGACUGACGGGGGACAACGAUGACCGAGACCAGCUCCUCAGCAGCAGCUGCAGCACGCCCCACCGUGCCCUGCGGCUCUCCUGGAGCCCACCCCCCAUCCCAAGAGCCUCCGCACGCCCCCAGGCACCCCAAGGGGCCAGGCAGAUCUCCAUCUCGGGGCCGCAGGCUCUUCUGUUUGGUCCAGAGCCACCUUCAGAGCCAGAUGGGUCUCCAAGGAGCCCCCCCGGGGUGACUUCCAGGACCAAGGAAGAGAAAGGAGUGGACGCAGAGGGCCAGGACAUCAGGCCAGAGCAGACUGGAGAGCCCCCCAGCCUGGAACCUAAGGAGGAGUCAGGGCCCGGCCCUGGGGUCCACUUCCACUGGGGGCUCCCAGGGGCCCCAGCUGGGGAGUCAGGGAGCCUGGUAGCAGCUGCGCUCAAAGUGUCCAUCCCUUUGGAGGAUGGACCCCCUCCUCAAGUGACCUCUCCCCCUCCCCAGGCCCCAGCUGGGCCCAGGGAACAGUUCCAGGCCUCAUACUCAGAUGACGAGGGGCCUGGAGCCUGGAGGUCAGGCUCCCACAGAGGGAUUGGAGCGGGGCGAGCAGACCCAGAGCAGACUGGAGAGCCCCCCAGCCUGGAACCUAAGGAGGAGUCAGGGCCCGGCCCUGGGGGCCCCAGGCCUGGGCCUGCCCCAGCCAAGCUGCCCAGGCAGAGGGAGGCCCUCUAUCAGGACCCACGUGCCACGGGCCCUGAGCCAGGGCUGGGGUCCCCGGGAGCUGGAGCCCUCACAGCAGGGGUGGGUGAGCCCUCCCAGGGCCUGGAGCCUGGAGGUCAGGCUCCCACAGAGGGAUUGGAGCGGGGCGAGCAGAGCCCAGAUGCCCAGGAAGGCCAUCCUGGGGGACUACAGGAAGCUCAUAGCCAGGUCCUUGGGCCCGAAGGGCCGCCUGCCCUCCCCCACCAGAGUCUGGAAGAGGAGCCCAGGGCUGAGGAAAGGAAAGCAGUGGACCCAGGAGGGCAGGAUUUCAUGUCAGAGCAGACUGAAGAGACUAAUGGCCUGAGCACUGGGCACUCGGAAUUCCCCCAGCACGAUUCCCUAUCUGCUCCUCUUCCCACUGACAGAGCACAGGCUCAGGCUGAGGCAGAAGCCCCAGCUCCUGAAAAACCAUCCCCUUCAAGGGGCUCUUCCCCAACAGCGACUCAGCCUGGGGAUGAAGCAGGGCCCCAGGAGCCCACACAAACCCUCCGCAGCAGGGCUGAGCUGGAAGCCCAACCCAGGCCCCGAUCUACAACCACUCAUGCAGAAGAAGAAACAGGCCCUCCUCAACCCAUGGAGCCAAGGGCAGAGACCAGGCCUGAAGAUCCAGGAAUGGACUCAGGAGGCACUGGGCUGACCCCAUCCCCAGGGGACCGCACAGCCAGUGAGCCUUUGGCCAAUCCUGAUUACACCUUCCACGUCAUCUUCCUGGGAGACUCGAACGUGGGCAAAACAUCCUUCCUGCACCUGCUGCACCAGAACACCUUUGCCAGCGGGCUGACAGCUACUGUGGGAGUGGAUUUUCGGGUCAAAAACCUGCUGGUGGACAACAAGUGCUUUGCGCUGCAGCUCUGGGACACAGCUGGCCAGGAGAGGUAUCACAGUGUGACGCGGCAGCUGCUCCACAAGGCUGAUGGAGUGGUGCUUAUGUACGAUGUCACCUCCCAGGAGAGCUUUGCCCACGUGCGCUACUGGCUGAACUGUCUCCAGGAUACAGCAUCCGAUGGUGUGGUUGUCCUUCUCUUGGGAAACAAGACGGACUGUGAGGAGGAUCGCCAAGUGUCCACUGAGGCUGGGCAGCAGCUGGCCCAGGAGCUGGGGGUCUCCUUUGGAGAGUGCAGUGCUGCCCUGGGUCACAACAUCCUGGAGCCUGUGGUGAACCUGGCCCGGUCACUCAAGAUGCAAGAAGAACGCCUGAAGAGGUCACUGGUGGAGGUGGCCCCCGAGAAGCCACGGAAGAGAGCGGGCUGCUGUUCUUGAGCACCUGGCCCGGCCAGGGUAGGCUGGCCACCUCCCUGGGUUUCCUGCAGCUCCUGUUCCACCUGCCUGGACACAGCAAUGAUAGAG